AUUCGAGAGAGUGUCUUUGAGUGGUGGUGUCAAAGACUUCCUGUGUUUUCUCUCCUGGGGAAAUGCAUCUGUAUAGUGUCCCUGUGAUCCAGCAGGAUCUACGCCACGAGGAGGCGAUAAUCCAGGCGGCGAAUGCCUUUGAGCACCUGGAGAAUGUGAUUAACGAUGUGUUCCAGACAAUCAACAGGAGAAUUGAGAAGAACAAUGGCAGAGUUGAGGACAUCCGGAGGAGGAUCUCUGCAGCCAAUGCCAAGAUUGACAGUUUGGUGGGCAUCAAGAAGGCCAUCACAAUCUACUCCCCAGCCAAAUAUCCAGCUGGAGACAAGGUGCAGGACAUUGAAGUGACAUUCCCGUCGCAGAAAGAGCCUCGGCUCAAGUUUAACAAGGACUAUUCCGUGGAGAGCAGCCUGGAUCCUGUGAGUCACAAGCGUCUGCAGGACAAGUUGCACUUCUACCAUGUGAGGAAGGUGGAGGACAAGACUGGAGACGUCAUUCCUGAAGGUCUGGGCGCUCCGCCGAGGAACAUUGAAUCUGUGAAUUCGUUCUUGCUCUUCAACACCACAGAAAAUCCUUAUGAGCACUACAAGAAAGUCGAUCCUCUCAGUGGCACCAUCAGGACGACGUCUUCGUCGACAGCACUGGAGGAUGAGAGCCAGAAGAUGGAAGCUGCUCCUCUGUCCAUCUCCAAUCGCAACGCGCAGCCGAAAAAAAUUCCCGAGAACUUCUUCUACACGCCACAAUUCGACGACGCUCCAGCCUUGGACGUUCCCGAUGAUCUGCCGGAUCUUCCGGGAAUCGCUGGCGAUGUCACGUUCUUCGAGGAGGCACCGAAAGUGCUAGCAACUAAGCCUGGAGGCAUUUCCACACUCCUGCCGACAGACGAUGAGAUUGACUUGAAUAUCUCCGUAGGGAAAGUCGAAGAGCCUCCGAAGGAAACACCAAAACCUGUAGAAUUGACUUCCCCGCCUCCCCCGCCGCCGCCUCAGCCGGCUCCUGAGCCACCAGCAGCUCCAAAGAGCUCUUCCGGAGGGAAUAUGCCUGUCAUGACGGACGCCAGGAGCAAUCUUAUGGAGGCUAUCCGGCGCGCUGGAGGCAAGACAAAGCUCAGGGCAGCAGAGCAGAAACCGGCCGGAAAGGAGGCGCCAAAGCCAGCGGCUGGAGAUCUGAUGGCGGAUCUUCACAACAAGCUGUCGAUGAGAAGGAAGGGCAUUUCUGGCGCCAAGGAUGCUUCAGGUGUGAUGGACAGGAUGUCAGCUCUCAUUCCACCACCUCCGAAGCCCACAGCGCCAGCUACGGAUGCCAGUGACGAUGAUUGGGAAUAA